GAUCAUGGCACAUCACUUAGUCCUUACCCAUCGCAGUAUGUUUUCUAUAUUACAUAUGUAUUCGUAAUAAAAAAACGGCAUACUCCCUGAAAAUAUUGUGAACUGCAAUAGACUUAGCUGAAAACAAUUAGAGAGAAAGUUUUAAAGGUCCCAGAGAUGAAGAAGCUGAACACUAGGCAGUGUGUGACCGGAUCACGACCCCCAACAGGGGUGCUGAGGUCACAUGACGUUACCGCGAUGGCGAGCAGUUACCUGUCGUUUCAACCAAACAGUAUAUAUCUCAUGUUUGAGCUCGGGACAGGCAAGCCAAAGUUGACAAGUCACUCGUUUUUUGUUCGGUUGUUUUUCUGGCACAAUAAAAACCGAAGCUAGCUAGCUACCGGAGGUUAGCCAGCUAGCUGCACAGUCAGAAGGCGACAGACGGUUAAUAUUACCUACAACCGUUUGAAUAGGGGAGGGGGCCUUUCCGCGUGAUGACUGUGGAUUUGUCAUAAAAGCAUAAUCGAUCAAGUUGGGGUGUCCACGAAAUUACAUCCAGAAAGGGGUUGGACAGAUAACCAUCAGCAUUGAAGGAGUAGUCUCGUCCGCCAAGCGUGAUGUUGCCGAAAUACCUGGAUGGCAGUGGAUGGAGACCAAAGGAGAACGCAGACAUACAGGAUCGGGCAGCUGUAUAUGAUCAGUAAGCACAGCUGUGAGCAGAGUGGAGGAGGAGAAGGGGUGGAGGUGGUGAGGAAUGAGGAAGAUAUUCAUCCCCAGCACGGCCUGGGACAGCUGACCGAGAAGAGAAUCUACCUCAGCAGUAAACUGCCGUCCUGGGCGGCAGCGUUUGUCCCACGUAUCUUUUACGUGACGGAAAAGGCCUGGAACUUCUACCCUUACACCAUCACAGAGUACUCAGUAUCGUUUCUCCCCAAAUUCAGUAUUCGUAUUGAGACAAGAUUCGAGAACAACAACGGCAAUAACAGCUAUGUGUUUGGGGACACUCCAACCCCGGAAAAGAAUGUGAGUUUCCUGGAUAUCCUGAGUGACCCCAUCCCAGAGAAGCACUACAAAGAGUCAGAGGACCUGAGUCGCUGGCAGUCCAGUAAAACCGGGCGGGGGCCUCUGGAGAAAGGCUGGACAGACGACCACAAGCCCAUUAUGUGCUCCUAUAAGAGGGUGCAGUGCAGCUUCGAGGUGUACGGCUUCCAGACCAGGACCGAGGAAUUCAUCCACAGAAACAUCCAGGACAUUCUUCUGGUCGGCCACAGGCAAGCUGUUGCAUGGAUCGACGAAUGGCAUGGCCUGAGCUUGGAGGAGGUGAGAGAGUACGAGCAGGCGAUGCAAGAGAAGACCAACAGCAAAGUCAAAUCCAGCCAGAACAACACAGGCCCAUCGGCUGCCCCUCGUCCUGUGUUCUCUCGCUCCAUCUCUGUGACAGACGAGCGUUCCCUGAAGAAGAUGGGAGUGACGACAGCAGCCAUGUCUGACCCUUCUGCCCCCUCUGUGCCGCAAAGUCCCAUUCGCCUCAACUCCACCCCUGAAUAACGCCUCAAACACACAGACACACACAAUUGGACAUACACUGUACCGCUCAUACACUCAGACAUCAAUGUCAACAUUCACUAGAGUCAUGUGAGGUUUCUCUCAAACAUCAACACAAACCACGUGCAAACAGUGACGGAGGCAUUAUGUUACAGCAGACAUUUUGAGGAAAAGGCUAUUUUACAGGGAAAACUUAAUCACACUUUGAUUUCAUAUCUGUUAAAUAAAGAGCGUAUGCAAAUGACAUUACAGUAGGCAAUGUCCCUGCAAUCGCCUCCACCCAGUGUACAGCCUGGAAGCUUCAAACCGCAUAAAGACUUUAAUGAAAGGCUGAAGGGUGUACAACAAAACAAGAUUGAAGGUAAAAACCGGGUCUGUUGAUUCUGAAGUCAGAGUUCUCUCAGUCAUGAACCUGAUUUUCUUUUAACCUAACCAGGUGAUCAUCCUGUAGACUAUAUUCAGCUUCAACAGGUUAAAAAACAACAUCCUCUUUACUAAAUAUGACUUGAUUAUGUUUUCUGUGAGCAGUUUAGAUCCUUAGCUAAAAUAAAAUGCACAUAGAAACAUCAGAAAUAUUAGUUUUAUGUUAACAAAGCUACAGCUUGAAGCCAUGCAGCUACAGUAGCACAUACUGUAUGCAUCACAUCGCAGAGCAUCUGUAUUCAGUUAAUGAUGAAUACAUUACAACCUCCAGUCCCCCUUCUCAUGUUUUUACGUGUUUACUUCAGCGAAAUUAACACUUUUAGCAGAUCAUCUGUGCAGUAAAAGACUGAUCACAGCAUCUAAGGACACUGGAUUAUGUUUUGAAGCUGGUCCUAAUAUCCUGUACAGUCGGUUCUACAUGGCUGGUUCAAACCAAAGAAUCUGUAGGUAUUUAUCUCAGAUGAAAUCACAUCAAUGAUUUAGCUUGCCUUCUAUAUGACCAAAUAUCCCAGUAAUGUCUGUGUACUUUCAUUCAGUUAACCCUCCUGUUAUGUUCGUUUCUCUGGAACAGCAAUAAUGUUCGUGGGUCAAUUUGACCUGGGGCAUAUUCAAUUAUCCAAAAGUGUCAGAACCCCAAAAAAUUCCAAUACACAUUUUUUUAAAUCAAAUUUUUAACUCAAUUGCUAACCAUUUAAAUCAAGAUUAAGACCAUUGGUGUUAUUUAAUUCUCACAUAUCAUGAUUCAAUGAGGAUAACUCACUCGUUUUUCAUUAAAAUUCAUGCUAAUAACUUGUUUUAAUGUAUAUUGCAAAGCCCUAAAUAUAAAUACAAUAGUUUUACAUGACAUAGAUUUUUGUCUAUUUUAUUUUACCCUUUUUUUUUAAUGAAGUGAUAUUGAUAAAUUAACACGACACCUCUUCUGUCACAUGCUGCCCAGUUUUUUAUGCUGCAUUUAGCUGGUUUGAAAGGCAUAUAUUGCCUAAAAUAGUGGGUCAAUUUGACCCACAACAUAACAGGAGGGUUAAAGUAUCAGACCUGAUCUCCGUUCCUGCCUGUGCAGCUUAAAAUCAUGUUUAUUGUUCCAGUUUAAGAGUUGUACUGUGUGUGGUUUUCAAUUUAGAAAUGAAUUAGAGGCACCAACACUUUAUUAGAUGGUUAAUAUUGUACAUUUUUUAAACAACACAGUAAUUCACUGGAUGCUUUCCUUUACAUGCUUGCUUGGCUCUUAAAUCAGGUCCAUAUAAAUGUCAGGAAAAGCCAUGUUUGGCCUCAUGUCAAGUCCACGCAUCAGUGUCUUUGAUAAACUGAAGGGAUCUCUCUUGAGUCCAGUUGCCCUGAUUAUUUGCCUGCUUUACUUCCAUUUCUAGCUUUUUGUUUUCAGUCUCUGUGCUAAGAUAAGCUAAUUAGUGGCCAGCUCCACAUUCACCAUACUGACACUAGAGCAGUACUGAUCUAAAAACACAUCUCUCUGUUAUAACAAAUAAGUUUAAUUCCCACUGAUUCUAUCAAGACAACUACAGAAAUUAUUUUCUGUUUUUAUGCACGACGUUUUUGAACAACAUGUUAAAGCUGCACAAACACCCACAUUAACUCUGUGCCUGCUCAAAGUCAAGUUCUACAGUUGCCCUUUGAAAAUUCUUCCAGUGUCCUCAAAAGCCUGUAAACUCAGAGCAAUUCAGCACUCUCUCUCAGCGCCACAGAGGAGCUCGCCGGCCACCAACAGGGCCCUCGAUUGUUUCUCAGCCCCCAGCCAGCAGCCUACAGACAGAUGCAUAAGGAGUUUAAUAGAGUGGAUCUAAUGAGAAAGCAGAGGAGAACGAUGGAGGCUGUCAAUGCUAUGGAUUGGCUCCCAUCUCCACCUCAGCCAAUAGGUCAGACUGGUGUAUUGACAGAGGGCAGUGAGGCAUUGUAUUGGUUCCUUGAUCGCUUAGCUGAGAGCUGCAAAUGGGUCAAGUUAGGGAUAAACUCAAUUACAAGUCAAUGAUGUGAGCAUUUAUAAGACUAUUAGCUUCAUUUUUGAUAAACAUUUACAGUAGAAUGGGUUCUCCUGAAAACACAUUUUCUUAUUUCAUGUUGGCUUCUUUGUAAAAACUCUAAUUUUUAAUGAAGUAAAAAAGAUCAAGCUGAAAAUGUAUGUUGAAAUCACACUGUAAAGUCUUUUGUAAUGGAUUUUUACCAAUAAAUGCAGUUUCAUUCAAGUGA